AACUGCCGAGCAAACCAAACCCCUAAACCCCGAGAAGGAAAAGAAAUGGCGGCGCCUCCCUCCCUCCGCCGCCUCCUCGCCCUCGGCCGCCACCGCCUCUUCUCCUCCACCACCACCACCGCCUCCGCCUCGCCGCCGCCCCAGCCUUCCGACAGCACCGCGACCCCGGAAUCCGUCCUCUACAACCUCAGCAGCCUCUCCAAGGACCCCUCCCUCGCGCUCGACUUUUUCCGCAGCUCCGCCGCCGCCGGCCACCCCGUCGGCUCCGCCGCAUACAACCUCAUGCUCCGCACCCUCGCCUCCCACCCGACCUCCGCCCAGUCCCACUUCUGGCCCUUCCUCCGCGACAUGCAGGACGCCGGCCAGUCCGUCGACGAGGGCACCUACCUCGCCGCCCUCGCCUCAUUCAAGAAGGCCAACCUCGCUGCAGACUACGCCUCCCUCACGGCGCACUAUACCAAGGCCCGGGACGAGGCCAAGGCCGGUAACCCCAUCUCCGCCGCCGCUGAGGCCGUCCGGGAGCACGAUGGCUCGGAGCUCGAUAAGAAGCUGGAGGGCAUCCACCUGCCGCUCACGGAGACCGCCGUGGCCAUGGUGCUCGGGAAGCUGAGGGACUAUCCGAUCAAGGCUCUUGGCUUCUUCAGGUGGGCUGGGCGUCAGAAGGGGUACACGCACGGAUCAGUGGCGUACAAUGCCAUGGCGAGGGCGCUCGGCCGGGAGGAGUCGGUGCGGGAGUUUUGGGAGUUGAUCCAGGAAAUGAAGGCCGGAGGGAUGCACGUGGAUAUCGACACUUAUGUGAAGCUGUCCAGGAACUUCCAGAAGCGGCACAUGCUCAGGGAGGCUGUGGAGCUCUAUGAGCUCAUGAUGGAUGGUCCUUUCAAGCCGUCGCAGAAGGAUGGGCCGCUGAUCAUCAGACGCAUCUCGCUGGGGCCAUCACCAGACCUUGAGCUUGUCAAUCGGGUUGUGAGGAAGUUUGAAACCGUGUGGGACUUCAAGACGAAGGAAUUGUUUGACGGGAUCCAUAGGGCGCUGACGACUAAUGGGAGGUUCUAUGAGGCUGCAGAGAUCGUGCAAAGGAUGAGAGCUGAAGGCCACCGGCCAGACAAUAUUACAUAUAGCCAAUUGUUGUUUGGGUUUUGCAAGGCCAACAAGUUGGAUGAUGCUCGCAAAGUGUUUGAUGAAAUGGAGGCUGAAGGGUGUGUCCCAGAUCUAAAGACAUGGACCAUGUUGAUCCAAGGGCACUGUGAGGCUGGGGAUGUGGACAAAGCUCUGCAGUUCUUGAUGGAGAUGAUUGAGAAGAACUUGGAGGCAGAUGCCAAUUUGCUGGAUGUGAUGGUGAAAGGUCUGUGUAGCCAUGACAAGAUUGAUGCUGCUUACACUUUGUUUGUUGAGAUGGUGGACAAGGGUCACUUGAAACCCUGGCGAGCCACUUACAAGCAUGUAAUUGGCGAGUUGCUGAGGGUUAAGAAACUUGAGGAGGCACUGGCCCUUCUGAGGUCGAUGAAAGCUCGCAAGUUCCCGCCUUUCGUGGACCCCUUCCCUUCUCACAUUGCCAAGUACGGAACAUUUGAAGAUGCAAGGGAGUUUCUCAAGGCCUUGGCAGCGAAUAACUGUCCGUCGCAUACUGCCUAUCUGCAUGUUUUCAAUUCGUUCUUUGCAGAGGGGAGAUAUUCUGAAGCUCAAGACUUACUGUACAAAUGCCCAAUCCAUAUCCGCAAGCAUCGUGAUAUCACCAAGCUGUUUGAACCAAUAAAAGUUGAGAGUACUUCUUAACUGGAGUGCAAGCAAGCGAUGGCUGAGUUGCUCACCUGGACGGAUUUCCUGAAUGGUGGUAAAAGUAUGUGAAAGAUUCUGCGUAAUAGAUAAUACAAGACUUGUUGGAUAUAUUGUAUCAGUGAAGUCCAGCCCUCCAGUUUUGACGGAGUUUGGCAGAAUGUUGACGAGAGAUUUGUAGAAAUGCACUCUAGUUGAUUGCGCUCCGAUGAAAUGCUAUCCUGGCCCACAUGUCAUUGACAUAGGUGGCUCCAUAUGUCAGUGAGAGAGGGGUAGCGUUUCAUCGAAGCACCAAUCAAUUUGAGUGUAUUUUAGCAAUUUUCCUGAUGUUGAUUGGUAACGGAAAGCAGUGAUGUACUCCAGUGGUUUCUCUUUGGAAGAUGCUGCUUCCCUCGUGCAUUAACAAUGUCUACAGAAUAUUGAUCGCGUGGGCAUCUUAACGUGCAUUUAUUCUGACUGAAACUUCAGGAAGCCAGAUUUCAAUAAACUGCGGGAAUACUUUAUUGUGUGGGCAUGAUGCCUAAAUUGCCAAUGUUAGUUAGACGUUUCGACCAGCAUUGGUACUCUUGGUGAAAAUCUUUUGCUGCUAGUGUUAUCAGCUUGUCACAAAUUUCAAUCAUACAUUAGGUAAAAAGGUUCAGAAUAGAGAACAUUCUUUGUUUGGCUAUCAAAUUUCACUAUUUUUACGGUCAUGAAAAACCACUAAGUUCUCGCAGGGCAGACCCUAUGAUAUGCUUGGGUAACUUGAUAUGUUUUUGUGUUC